AUUUGAGCAAUUGCAGAGUGCGUUGGACACACGCUCCACCGUGGACGUGGAUGCAUUUUCCCCGCGCCAGCCACGCGCCACCACCUUUCCUUGUCCUUUCUUCUCCAUAUCUAUAUAUCGCCUUCACGUGAGUUCCCAUCUCGUCUAUUUCUUUUUUUUCUCCGUCCACGGAAUUCCUGAUUCCAUUCAACAAGGGUGAGUGAAAUUAGAAGAGCGAACAUGGUUUCAGAGGCUUCUACUCCCAGUUCUUCAGAUCAGGAACCUGAUAUUGCUGUUGAGAAAUCGGUUAACAGAUGUUCCUCUAGCAAAAGCAAGCCUAAAAAGAUUGCUAAGAAGGUCAACAAAUCUGAAAGGGAAAAACUUAAACGCGAUCAAUUGAACAUCCUAUUCCUUCAGUUAAGCAAAUGUCUAGAUUCAGUGCACCAGAACCAAGGAAAGGCCUCUACACUGACUGAAGCAACAAAGCUGGUGGGAGAUUUGAUUUCUCAAAUUGAGUGUUUGAAAAAGGAGAAUACAUCUCUUUUGUCUGAAUCUCAAUAUUUACUCAUAGAGAAGAAUGAACUGAAAGAGGAGACUGGCGCCCUUAAAGAUGAGAUCGUGGAAGUGCAAAACAAGAUAGGGGAGAAGAUUCAUUCGCAGUCAUCAUCGCAGCUGGUUGAAGAAAACAUUUUUGUUAAAUUGUCACAGCAGAGUCAUUUAGUUGUGAUUCCUACCAGCAGCUUGCAGCAGCAGCAGCAAGUAGAAACUUAUAGAGAAGAAUGCGGUGUUGUUGCACCAUCAUCAUCAAAUCAUGUGAUCAGAAGGCCACAAGCCCGCUAUCCAUCUCCUUGGGAUUCCUGGCCUUCAAAAAUUCUCGACAAUCAAACUCAUAUUGUAGGAGGAGGUGGCUAGAAAUUGACAUUAGUUUGCUUGCUUGCUUUCUUUGUAGUUAGUUAGAUGAUAGAAUGAAAUUCACUUAUAUAUUCUGACAAUCUUCAAAUGAACUGAAAGUUUCUUUCA